AUGUUCGCCGCACCAUUUGACCAUUCGUUCAACGACCUAUUUAACCAAUACGUCAAUCUGGACCCUUCUACUAGUGGUGACGGUAACAAAGACGUCGCAUUUACUGGAGACCUAGACCAGUUCUUCCCCGUUGGCUCGCUGUCCAGUGACUGUGGCAACAUUUCACCGGGUGGCUCCCGACAGUUCCUACAAUCGCCGUCACAGACUUGGCGCAAGGACGCAUGGUACCUACAGCAAGACUCGGUCACUGGUGAUUUGCCGUUGCAUCGAACCAGAGCUUGUCCUGACACCAUCCAUCCUUCCGAUGCCUCUAAUCUUGGUGGUGGAAAUCUUGAAGAAUCCUCGCCCCCCGACCCUCUAGGUCUACUCUCUACAUCACCAUCCACUCCCCCGACUACACCUAGGCGCAAGUUACAUUCCAAAAGUGCCCCAAUCACCCCUAAAAACAUUCGUCGACGGGAGACUAGCGUUAACGGUACUCUGCUUCGCAAGCAAAGCUUUUCUCCCAGCCUUACGCGCUCAGUGCAUGUACAGAAAUCUAAGAUGGCAUACCCCGAGGCCUGGACUCCACGAGUACAGCGCUAUAAUAAUCACUUUCGAGUGACUGAAGACCGUCUUCCAUUGUCGCCUCCUCCAUCAGAUAUUCUCGUGCAAAACGAGCAUUUGCGCCGGGACAGUGGUGUCCAUCUCAGUUCGAGUGCAGAGAAUUUGCUAGCAGAUGCAGCUGAGAUGGCUUCGCAGUAUGGUUCCAGUCUCUACACGGCCAAGCAGCAGCAGAACGCGUAUUUAAAUCACAACAAUGCAACCCCUCCUUCAUCAGAUGACAUCUUUCAAACUCCGCCUUCAUCCGAGCAACAACAAAUACACGCGUGGCAUGCAGACGCCCUUGCGUCUAGCCUCCAGUUUACGCCAGACAUGAAUGGCCAUGAUGGCCAGUGGUGGUCCUCACCCUUACCAACCAGAGUAUCUCAAGCUCAGAACCAACAUGCCUAUCUCGUUUCGCCACUUCCCCAGAAAGCCGCCGUUAACCACACCGUACAACAGCAGCAUGAUCUACUUCAAGGGGGUCUCAUGAUUGACUUCAACUCGUCAUUCGAUCUUGGUGCACACCAUGAUGCGUUCUCAGCCACACCAGUCGUGCAUUCCACAAACGCUCCGCACAUUCCAACACAACACCCGUCUAGCUUCUCGCACAACCCAUACAUAGCCAUGACUCAACAGCAGGCUCUAGGCCAGCAAUCGCGCUCUCCAUCAAUGUCUCCCACCAAUCAUACUUCUCCCAAGUCCCGAGCUGCGGCCAAGAGCAACCAACAUCGCCGCACUCAUAGCAGAAAACUGUCUUCGAACUCCACAUCUGCCCCCAAGCCAGCGACUAAGUUGAGCACAUCACCCAAGGGUAAUUUGUCAAAAUCAACGCCAAACGUAUCGUUCGUGAACUUCACAGCUCAUGACAGCAAAAAGAUACUGACCGGUGUUGCGCCAAGUGGCAGUUCUAAAACUAAGGCUCGCCGGGAACAAGAAGCCCGCGAAAGGCGCCGAAAGCUCAGUGAAGCCGCAUUGAUGGCGGUUCGCAAUGCUGGAGGCGAUGUGGAAGCAUUGGAAGCAGUACUAUGUUGA